GUGCGAAAUGCACUUGAGGUUGAAAACCGUCGUCGUAUUCCUGAAUUCCAAUAAAAAACCGCAUAAUCAUACGAGUGCUAAUGCUGUACAGCUGCUGCAGUAACUCCUGUCUACAGCAACUAUCACUCUCCACUGGAUACUCUCCAGAUCUACGGUGAAUAUGGUUAGAUUAAUGUCAAUGUCUUACUUGGGGAUUGUGGUAUUAUUAUGGUCAUUGGCUGUGGCCGCGAUGGCAGACAAUGUUAAGUAUAAAGACCCGAAACAGCCUGUUGCUGCACGAGUGAAAGAUUUAUUGGGAAGAAUGACUGUGGAUGAGAAAAUUGGUCAAAUGGUUCAGAUAGAAAGGAUUUCCGCUACCCCUGAUAUCGUGAGGCGUUACUUCAUUGGAAGCUUAUUAAGCGGAGGAGGGAGUGUUCCAAAUCCACACGCAACCGUCGCUGAUUGGAUUAAUAUGGUAAAUGAUUUCCAAAAUGGGUCGCUUUCAACUCGUUUAGGAAUCCCAAUGAUUUACGGAAUUGAUGCUGUUCACGGGCACAACAAUGUUAUUAACGCUACCAUAUUUCCACAUAACAUUGGCCUUGGAGCUACCAGAGACACUGAUCUUGUGAAGAGAAUUGGUGCUGCCACUGCAGCUGAAGUUAGAGCAACUGGUAUUCCAUAUGCUUUUGCUCCUUGUAUUGCUGUUUGCAGAGAUCCAAGAUGGGGUCGAUGUUACGAGAGUUACAGUGAGGAUACCAAACUUGUUCAAAAUAUGACCGACGUUAUUCAAGGGUUGCAAGGUGAAAUUCCUAAAGGAUCACGUCUCGGUGUCCCAUACGUUGCUGGAAAGGACAAGGUUGCUGCAUGCGCAAAGCACUUUGUGGCAGACGGUGGGACGACUCGCGGCAUAGAUGAAAAUAACACCGUGGCCAAUCAGCAUGAAUUGCUAAGUAUCCACAUGCCCCCUUAUUAUGACUCUGUUAUCAAGGGUGUAUCAACAGUCAUGGUGUCGUAUUCCAGCUGGAACGGUAAAAGAAUGCAUGCCAAUCGCGAUCUUAUUACUGGAUACCUCAAGGACAAGCUUAAUUUCAAGGGUUUUGUUAUCUCAGAUUGGGAGGGAAUUGACCGAAUUACUUCGCCUCCUCAUUCCAACUACACUUACUCUGUCUUAGCUAGUAUUACAGCUGGCAUCGAUAUGGUUAUGGUCCCGAAUAAUUACAUUGAGUUCAUUAAUGACCUUAAAUAUUUGGUCAAAAACAAAUUUAUCCCAAUGGAUCGUAUUGAUGAUGCUGUGAGCAGAAUUUUACGAGUCAAAUUUACAAUGGGACUGUUUGAGAACCCUAUUGCUGAUUUCAGUAAGGUUAACGAGGUCGGAAGCCAGCCACACCGAGAUAUAGCGAGGGAGGCAGUGAGGAAAUCGUUGGUGCUGUUGAAAAACGGGAAACAAGGAAGUGAACCGGUGCUGCCCCUGCCCAAGAGGGCAUCCAAGGUUUUGGUUGCUGGAAGUCAUGCCGAUAAUCUUGGCUACCAAUGUGGCGGCUGGACAAUCGGUUGGCAAGGGUUUAGUGGGAAUGCAAAUACAACAGGAACGACUAUUCUUACUGGAAUCAAGUCUGCAGUUGACCGAAACACGGAAAUAUCCUACAUGGAGAAUCCAAAUACCGAUUAUAUCAAGUCCAAUAACUUCUCGUAUGCUAUUGUUGUGGUUGGUGAGCAUCCUUACACAGAGAUGUUUGGUGAUAGUUCAAACCUCACUAUUGCUGACCCGGGUCCAAACAUCAUCAGAACUGUUUGCGGGAAUGUAAAGUGUGUUGUGGUCAUCAUAUCGGGUCGCCCAGUUGUGGUUGAACCAUAUCUGGCUAUGAUUGAUGCUCUAGUUGCAGCCUGGUUACCGGGUACUGAAGGCCAAGGUGUGGCUGACGUCCUGUUUGGUGACCACGAGUUUAGCGGUAAACUUUCAAGAACUUGGUUUAGAAGUGUAGAUCAACUUCCAAUGAACGUAGGUGAUCCACAUUACGAUCCACUGUUUCCUUAUGGAUUUGGACUCACAACAAAAGCAGUGAUGGAAAGGUCAAUGUCUGGUGGCAUGGUUAAAAGACCGUUUGUUCUUGGGGUUUUGGUUUCGUUGUUUAUUAGUUUGAGUUUGUCGCAGAUUUUGUAGACUUUUAUGGAAAUUCUGUGAGGUUUUUAGCUUAGAUUAGAUUAAGGUAGUGCUAGUUAUUUCGACAUUCAAUAAUUUGAUACAAGUUCAGACUAUUCAAUAGUCUUAUUAUUUAAGAUUCUUGGCUUCAUUUUGA